AUUAAGGUUUUUUUUCCUACAGUGGUAGCUCAUUGCUUGACGACAAAAACGUCGUCGGAUUCUGCAGAAACGAAUGAAGUAUGUUGUUAAGCAUGAGCUUUAAAGGCGGAUUGAGACUAAUGAUAUGCUCCUCUUGUUUAUCAUCCAAACAGGGCGUUCCUGUAUAAUAUAUAAGACCGAAAAUCCCACGCGUCUGAUUUAUUUCAUAACUUUUCUUUUCCUUCGUCAACCACUGUGAAAAGUCGUCAGUCUAUACAAGUAUGGGUCUCAUAGCGUUCGCUGUUGUAACCGUGGUUGGAGCCAUUAUCAUCUCUACUGGUGUUGGUGUGCCACUCGCCGCAGCAAUGGGAUUUGCUGCCACUGGUCCAGUCGCAGGCUCUCUAGCAGCAGGUGCUCAAGCAUUCGUUGGGAACGUGGCCGCAGGAUCGAUAUUUGCCGGAUUACAAGCACUUUCCAUGGCAGCACCCGUACCAUAACGCAUACAUAGUAGCUCUCCUGGUGCUCACCAAAUUAUCGUCACAUUGGAAGUUUUUAACAUUAUCAUACAAUGCAAUAAAUUCGAAGCACACAUUUUAUGGCAACAACGG